UACAAGUAUAUACGAGUAUACGACUAGAGUAAUACUAUGUAAACCCCAUAAUUUCCAAGAAAUUUUGCACAUGUACCACCUGAUGCGAAGCACUCCUUGACACGAACAUUUGGUAUACGAGCAUCUCCAGUGGAACAUCCCAUUUCCUUCUUCCGCCACCCAAAACUGUACACCGCACAACUACACAACCUCAGUUCACUAUUCACUCCCUCGAUUUCUCCAUUUUCUAUCUCCAUUCAAGCUCGGAAUGCUCACUCUUUUGCAGAAUUGGAGCUUUCUAGGUCUCUCUUCUUUUCAACCAAUAUUUUAAACUUUUGCUGUAUAAAUGAAACCAAGAUCCCACAGUGAAGCUAGGUUCCAAAGGAUGAAGAGUUCCCAAGGAGAAGGACCAAAUUGGGUGCUGAUUGUUGGCGGUGCCUUGCUAAGUACUUUAUCUAUUCGUCUUGGCUUUAAAAUGAAACAGACACUUGAUGGUAAACAAAAAGAUAAUGCAACUUUGAAAGGUUGUGAAAGGCGUGCUGGGCGAAGGUUGGUAAAUUGUUGCUCAAAUUCAAGUUUACAUUCCUUUGGAUUGGAUGAGAAUAGCUGCUAUAACUGUGUUUCAGGAGAACGUGUGGUGGAGAUCAGAAACCCUCCAAACAGCCAAAAUUUGACAGAUCCAGAGGUGUCGCUCCCUUUAGUGACUGUUCCCACGCCUGAGUAUGGUAUGGUUUGGGUAUCAUCUCCAGAGCAUGGUGAUCCACCAUUAAAAGUGUUCCAUCAGUCAAGUAAUUUAGACUCACCAUGUGUUUCUGAAUCUGGCUCCGACAUAUAUACCAAGCGGGAAGUGAUACAGAAACUCAGACACCAGUUGAAGCAAAGAGAUGACAUGAUAUUAGAGAUGCAGGAUCAGAUUACUGAACUACAGAAUUCUUUAAAUGUACAGGUGUCUCAUUCUGACCACUUGAGAUCACAGCUUGAUUCUGCCAACAAAGAACUUUUGGAUUCUGAGAGAGAAAUACAAAGACUGAGAAAAGCUAUUGCAGAUCAUUGCUUGGCGUUUGGAGAGUCUAACGAGAAGCCUUCUGCAACCUCACUGUCAGAGAAAAGAAAUGGUCAUAUCAAUGGAACUCUUAAUGGACAUGGCAAUUUCGAGUUUCAUGACAAAAGUAAAGGAGACGGGGAACUAAUUCAAAUGCUGAAAAAGGAAAUCAGCAGGCUGAAAGAAAUAAUUGACGGAAAAGAGUAUCUACUACAAAGCUAUAAGGAACAACAGGUUUUGCUCUCUACUAAGAUUAAAGAAUUGCAACAGAGAUUAGAUUAUCAGCUUCCACACAUAUUGUAGACAGCAUACCCUAUCUUCUGUCCCGACCCACAUCCACCUUUUCUGUUUCUCAGAUUUUUUUUUUUCCACAUUUUUUCCCGAAUUCAUUAAUGUUUGCGUAGGUUUUGAGCUGUAUAUAGUAGUGAAAUUUGUGUCUUAUUUAUAUAAAAAAGGAUUAGUCAAUCUUGUUUAUACUGUGCCAUGUUAUAAUUUGGCAAGAGUGGUGCUGUCGUUCCUCGAGGAGUCCUGUUUGAUAUCAAUGGUACAGCUGAAAGAACUCCGGAGUAGGCCGCAUUCAACUAUUUUUCUUUUUUGAUUUCUGGUUGUCCACCAAUCUCAGAUCGUCUGCUCAAACAUUCAAGUGUAAUCCUUUAAAGAAAUGGUGAGAAUAUUGGUUUGGUCCAGUAAA